GAUAGACUUUGGUUUUUUUUCUCUUGUCUAUGUGAAGGUUGGAUACUCUGAUCUUAAGAGACUAAGGAAUCAUCAAAUGAGCAGUUUUUGGAGUUGGGGAAAGUGCUUGGUCAGAUUAGGUUUAUCCUUGGAAGCUGCUGCUAGAAGAGAUACCAAGCCAACAUUAACAUACUCAGUACCUUCCCCUUCACUUUCCAAAGCUCGUUCUGAAACAAAUGGAAUAGCUGAAACUGGAGCUUCCUCAUUAGACACAACAGAGUUGGUAACAACAGCUUGUCUACCACCCAAGCUAUCAAUUCUACUACAAGAGACAUCUGAAAUUGAAGUCUUGCUAUCACUAUUUGAACUAGGGGAAGUUUUAUCAUUUGUAUCAUCUAAUUAGUCAGACUCUUUUAUGUAGUUUUUGUCGGGGAAUUGUUUUCCCCGCUAAUGUAAUGAAUCUUUAUUCAAUGGUUGAAUUGUAUAUUGUACAUUGAUGGUUGGAUAUAGUUGGUGUUGAAUGGAAUAUUUCAUUUUUGUUUUUUCUUAA